AUGAUAGACACUAUAAUUGGAGGUGAUUUUAGUGAAUUCGUGGCCAAUCGCCAAUAUGCGAAGAUCCAAUAUUUGUAAGAGGAGAACAAAUAAUUGCAAGAGUAAUUGAAGGACAUGGAUAAGGCAUUAAAAUUGAAUAAAGAAGUCCUUCGCAUGUCGCUUGAGCAAAAGUACAAAUACACAAAUAACAAACAAGCCUAAACAAUUCCAAUAACUCAACCAAUAGUAGUGAAUAGAAUUAAACUAUUCAAUUGCAAAUGAAAUUGCAUGAGGAAAAUGAACUAAUCAGAAAAUAAAUGGUUAAAUUGACAGAGGAGAGAAAUGUUGCUUAAAAUAAAGUAACUAACUCAAUUAUUAAUGAAAGGUUUUGUUGUAAUCGCAAAUAUCAGAAGAAAAUUAAGCGUUUUUGAAGGAUUUAAUUGUUGAGUUGGAAGAAAAAAUAGGGGAAUUGCGAAGAUGCAUCCAAGAUAAAGAAUUCACGAUUUAAGACGUGGAGAAAAACAGAGGUGUAAUUGACAAUGGAUAAAUGGUAAAGAUCAGGGAGAUUGUAACGCCACACGAAUAAACCUUAAGAUUGACAGAGGAAUUAGAAUCUACCAGAUAGCUCUUAAAUAAGGUAUCUCAAGGAUCCCAGAAAUUACAAGAAGAGAACAGAAUGCUUAAAGACCAAAACUAAGUAAGUUUAAAUAUAUUUUACUAUUAGCAUUUCCUAAGGGAGUAAAUAAAAUAUCAUCUUAUCUUAAGAAGUCCCUUAGCAUAUUAUAAGAUGAAAAGUAAGAAAAUUUCCACAAUAAUAAGGCUACAUUUAUAAUGAUGAUUUAGGUCAUUCAGUUGAUAAUUUAGAAAUUCAUAAUGAAAACUAUUCGAAUUAAGUCUUUAAUAUAGGUCAAAACGAACCUACCCCACAACAAGAUGGGUAAUACUAAUCAUAGUAACAAAAUAAUAUGAAAUAUUUGACUAAUAAUGAGAGGUACUUAAAUAGAAUUAACAAUUUUAGGGCAAUUUAUUAAGAGAAAUUAUAAAAAACUGAGGCUUUAUUGAAAGGAUACAAGGAGUUAUUUGAAAAGGAAAAGAAUAAGGUAGGAUUAUUAGUUUAAAUAAAAGAUGAUUUGGAAAGAAAGGUCAAUGAAUGUUAUAGUUAAAAUGAAUUGAUACUCAAGGCACUCAACAAUAAAGAUCAAAGAAUAGAAUAAUUAUAGACUGAAAACCAAUAUUAUAAGACCUAAUUUGGAAAUUACAUUUACUUACUCAAAAAUAAGCGAAAGGUUAAUUUAGAUUUAUCAUUGUAAUUGAAAGAACCAACAAACAAUGUGCAACCAUCUCCACCCCCAAUAUCAAAUAAUAAAAUAAUAACUGAUUUUGAAAAGGAUCCUGAUUAUGCUGAAAGGCAUAUCAGUAUCUUAGAUCCUGAUGAUCCUUCCCCUGACAAUAGAAAAAUUCAUGACUUAGAUGGCUAGAUGAAACAAUAAAACAAGAUGAGCAACAUAUUUGAACCUAAUUACUCUGAAAUGAAUUAAUAAGAAUGCAAAUAGUUUUUGUAGAAUACUGCCAUCGAACUUUUUAAGCAGUAUAAUUUGAAGAUGAAUAAUUUGAAGAAAAAGUAAUUAAUGCAUCCAUCAAUGUCUCUGAAGACUAAGCCUAUAUGGCAUGCAAAGUCGUUUAGUGACCCUCUAGAUUACUUUACCUUACAAUAUUACAACCUUUAAGUCUCGGGUCAAUAUGAAAUAAAUCAAAGAUGUAAUCUGCCAAACUUUCAAACGAUGAAACAAGGUAAGGGACAUGAAAAGCCAAAAGAAGUGUGGGACAUUGAUUUUAAUGAACUUUCUAUUAUUUAAGGAGAUAAAAGUCAAUUUUUUCAAUGAGGUAGAUUAAUCAAAGUAAUUGAUAUGUG